AUGGUAUUCCUCCUCGAGCGCCUCCGCCCAACACGGUGUACAUCUAACGCCACAUAUCCGAGAGGCCGGCGGCUCUGCGGCGACGUGUGCUGCCCGGGACGUGCAGAAGACAACUGCCGCUUGCUGCUGGCGGCUUCGAAGGCUGCCUUUUGGUCGCUUCGGGCCCUGAGCGCCGGCAGUGCCACCGCUCUGAUGCAUCGGCCCGCCCAGGCGCGGCCGAAUCGGGGGGGGUGGUCGGGCAGGAGAGACUCCCGGCAUGAGGAGGGCUGGCAUGGGGAGGCAGACAAAGGUCGCGAGUAG